AUUCUUCACACCUGGGUGACCCUCACAAGGUAAGGCUCUUUGUUUCCCUCCUGAGUGACCCAUGGUGGUUAAUCUACAUACUAUUAUUACAUACCAUGUUGGUUUUACUGUUGCUAUAUUCUGUGAUCUUUUAUUAUACUUAUUGUGCCUUAGAUGUUUUUGUAAUCUCGGCUACAUUGAAAAUGAGGGCCUGGCCCUCAAUUGUACCUCCGAGAAUUAAAUAAAGGUUAUGAUGAUGAUUAAUCUAUGAAUCUCAGUCGCAGCAUGGUCAGGCUAUGAAGCCCCAGCUGAGGGUUGCCAGUGAAGAAAGAUAUUAGUGUUCUGCUAACGUCAGUGCUCCAGCUCUAUGGAAAGGAAAAUUGCCAUUCAGAGUUGAUAUUUGUUGUUUAAUUUACAGUUGAAAUGUCAGCUGUAGUGUUUGUAUACGGUUCAAGGGAACCAUGAAAUGGAUGUGAGCAGUGAGCGUAUCACCCGAAUUCUAGUGCUCUGUGCUGGUUAGCAGUGAAAGAAAGGGGUCGAUGACAGAACUUCCUUUGCAGGUUUUCAAAUAUUUACAUGGCUACCGCUCGACUUAUUCCACAGAGCUCUUUUUCGGUUUCUGAAUCUGCCCCAUUAUCAUGGAGGCCUGUUCAGAUUUUAUUUUUUUUAAAUAAAUUUAAAAAAAGGUUUGGCCUGUUAAAAGGGUUUGGAACCUUUCUAGGGCCAAAUACCAAUGGAGGCUAGUUAGUUAGUUAGUUGAGUCUUUAUUAUUCCAAAGGGGCAAUUUGUUUUGCAGCAUAGUGUGCAGUAAAUGAAAUUAAAUAACAAUAAAUAAAUGUCCACGGCAACAGGUAAACCUUAAAAACAAAAACUUAUUACUACCCCUCAUUAAGAAAGCCAAUGACAGUUGGGGUUAAAGAGUGUUUAGUCGUGUUUGUUUUUAAUAUAGGGAUCCUAUAUCUGUGCUCUAAUGGAAGGCUACUCUGUAAAGUAAGUUCAAAUACUUUUGAGUUUUGAGCAUCACACACACACGCACACACACACGCACAUACACACACACACACACGCACAUACGCGCACACACACACACACACACAGGCACACACGGGCAGGGGGUGUCAUUUGAAAACCUCUGUCCCCGACCGGCAUGGCUGUCUGUGCACAAUAAAUUAGGAUGGACGGCAUGGCACUGAACAUUUCACAAUCGUGCAGUUUGCACUGCUUCAAUGUCCAGCUAAUGUGUGUGCGCAGAAUUUACCUUCUCCACAUGUUCUCAUACAUAUGCAAGCUUGGCAUUUCUGGGAAACAUUUAGGUCUGUUGUUGCUGCAAUAAAGUAAAAAAAUAUGUCUGCAUGUCUGACUGUCUUUCUCUCUCUGUCUGUCUGUCUGUCUGUGCACGGCAAGGCUGAACACAAGAACACAUUCUUAUUUUAUGUGGCAAACAGAAGCUUCACGGAAAAUAAUUAAACCAAAAUACAGUAAAUAUAUGGUUUAGCAGCUAGACAGAAAGCGUGCCCCCACAGACCACCUCGCCUCCAGGCCACCUGCGAGAAUGCUCUCGGGGGUUUGCACCCCAGGUGGUCGUGGACGUCUGCUCGAAAGGGCACACCAAGACAUUCUGAAAAACCACAUGCUGACGCGGACCUUGAUCUCGGCGUUGCCGAAGUGACAUUCCUGCGGCAGGCCUUUUUGCUUGCGCUACGAUGAUGUGGAGUUUGUUAACAUGCACCAUGACGUUCGCCAGCUUCGCUACCCUGAUUCUGACCGCUCAGACCGGGGCUCUGUCGCACUUCAAUGAAAAACGCCUGGAAGCCAGACUUGGGGAUGAAGUCAUAAUUCCGUGCACGGACCACCAUGAAGUCAAUCACCGAAAUGCUUACCGGUGGUUCUACAGGAGAAACAGCCCAGCAAGCAAGCGUGAUAUGAUAUUUCAGUAUAACAAAGCUGGACUGAAUCAUAUGAACAGUCAUUUAUGGGGAGAAAAGAAAACUCUUCGUAACUUUUCACUGGUGAUCAUGAAUUUCAAAGAAGAGGACCAAGGAAUCUACACCUGUGAGAUCUGCCCAGGUACUGAAAAGUGCACCAAAGGAUUAGACACUUCCCUUUUUCUGGUAAAAGAAUCACCUCCAGCCGCCCCAAAGAGGGUGUACGCGGCUGAGGGGGGUAAUUUUACCCACCCUUGCCCCGGCGGGGCAGGGGGCUCGGGCCCAUCGGCUUCAUGGACGUUUUGGCGGUUUGGAGAGCCGUCCCCCGCCCCGUGGUCCCAUCAGAGAGGGGGGCUACAGCCCAAUGGUUCCAUCUUCAUACGGGACGUCCAGGCAUCAGAUGCUGGGACCUACAGCUGCGUGAGAGGGAGGAACUCUGACCUGCCACAGACACAGACACUGCUGUCACUCAGUCUGUGUGUGCUCACAGCCGGGCCUGUCGGCUCAAGCGUCAGCCGUGGGUCCCCCCUGAACUGCUCUGUCCAUUGUGACGUGAGCCCGGAGCCCGUCGUUCUGCCCCGGGCCCCGGGUAAAUCCUCUGGAGCUGCCGCGGUUGUCGUGGAAACUGGCGCAGUGACCUUCCAAGUGCGUCCCGGAGAGCGCGAGGGGACGGUGGUGUGCUACGCGAAUGAGACGGGAGAAAGCGGGGUAGAGGAUUCCACAUUGCAUUUAGAUACAGAAAAUAAUCAGGAAGACGCAAACACAACCCCCCUGGCGCUGUUUUUGUGUGUGUCACUGGCAUCAGGUUUUUGCACGUUGGCUAUUUUUCUCGGUUUUGUGUUUCUGUGUAGACGAAGACUAAUCGCAGCGUUUCCUACAGCCGAUGAGCCGUCUGGUGAUGUGCUUUGCCCUAAGCGCACCAGAGACACGACACCAGAGAUGGGUGAAACGGAAACUCAAAUUAUUUAUUCUGUCUUGGAAAUAAAACAGCCCGAAAAAGACCGUGUGCUCGUACGAGAAGAUGGAUGCGUUUACAGUACGAUACAGCACCAGUGAAUUUAGGAGUUCGGAAUAAUUUAUAUCGAAAACUUCUUCUUUCGAAAUUAUUUUUUAAAUAAUUAAUAGUAUGUUUUUUUUUUUGCUAAUGUCAUUUUAGAUGCUAUUGUGGGUUGAAAGAAAAAAAACAAUAAAUUUUAUAAUUUAUAUAUUUUUCUAAUGUAUUUUUGUUUUGCUCUUUGUUGCUCAGUUGUUGAAUAUUUAGUUAAUACUUUAAAUCACUAUUCUACUGAUUUUGAAGCACUAGUUUAGCGUCAUGCGCGCACAUGCGCAGACGGGCAGCGGCGAAUUUAACCGAAGAACGACAGGGUAGCAGAACGCCGGACGCAGGGAAGCUAACGAAUAAUUUUUUUCCCAUAUCCCCAUCAUCCGCAUGUUUUUAAUUUUAAGCGUUUACAUGGGAAAGAGACAGAGUGUCUUGUACACCAUCCAGCACAUGUCUGCGUAGGGAAAGAGCUGUUAUUCAUAAGCGCGAGCAUCCUCGAUUUAACUUGACGGCGGGCGGAGUGCGGAUCCUCGGUCUGUAGUUUUCGCAGCGGCCGGAAGAGAAGACACCAAAAGCGGUCGCCUCAAGUUUGAGCUGUCGGGAACAACAAAAAAAGCGGAGGGGUCUCUUCAGUGUGAAAG